AUGUCUGAAUGUUUUUGUUUCCAAAGGUUUGUGGACGAGAAGUGGCAGCCCACUGGUAUCGCCGAACUCCUGGAAGUCAUGGAAGAGAUCAUAAAGGACGUUGCGCCUCCACUGAUUGAAGAAGACCUGGUUUUCUUCUGGAGAGUUUUUGUGCCCCUCCACAAACCAAACACACUCCAUCUGUACCAUGAACAGCUGGUCAGGUGUAUUGUCCAAUUUUUGGUGAAGGAAGCAACUCUAACUGGGCCGCUGGUGCUCUAUCUGUUGAAGCACUGGCCAAAGACGUGCACUUGUAAAGAGCUGCUGUUCAUCAACGAGCUGGAGGAAAUUCUUCAGUACAUCUAUACCUCUGAAUGCAAGUUGGUUCAGGAGCCUCUCUUCAAGCAGCUGGCCCGAUGCAUCUCCGGCUCAAAUCAUGUGGUGGCAAAGGCAGCGCUGCAGUUCUGCAUAAAGAAGCAUAUCACACAUUUUAUCAGUGACAAUGCAGAGGAGAUCCUGCCCAUUGUGCUGCCUGCCCUGUACCAGUGUUCAAACAGCCAGCUAUAUGAGUCUGUCAAGCACAUCCUGACUGAUUAUCUGCCACAGCUGCUCAUGAUGAAUCCUGAGCUCUUUGCACACUGCAUAGAGCAGAUCCUGACUACAAGACGGAAAGAGCAGCUGAGGUCCAAAGCAAGUGAAAAGAUGUGGAUGAAGAUCGAGGCACUCGCUAAGUCCAAAACACAGGAUGGAGGAUGAAGACCAUCCCCGAGGCUGUGAUUCAUCACAUCCAGCACACAGAGCAC